AUGCCGGCAAUGCUGGAUGAUCCGACAAGUCCCACAAUUUACCGUGUCUCCGGAGCACCACCGUAUCCGGAUCCUAACCAGCCCGAACUGCCUGUCGACAUCGUCCCUCGUCAAGUGACGCUCCGGGAUCGCCAGACGACAGCAACCAUCAUACCGUUUGCAUCGCAAAAUGAGGUACCUCAGUCCCUCGUUCGCUAUCUCAGCGAUCAACUGAACAAAGAAAUCGAGGGAGGUGAUACGUACCCGAUGAUGGACCCCAUGCCGGCCGGCAAGUUCGGCGCCUAUUGGUUCCAGAAUUUUGGCGCCAUCAUGCUGCUCGGAAACAUCGAGCGUGCCGCCCUCACAGACGAUAUGGACUGGUCCCGAGAGUGCCUGGGCAGCUUCUACAUCAAGCCCAACUACCCCGGCCGCAGCAGUCACGUGUGUAACGCGGGCUUCCUCGUCACCGACGCCUCGCGCAACCGUGGUGUGGGCCGGCUGAUGGGUGAGUGCUACAUCGACUGGGCACCCAAGCUCGGCUACACCUACUCGGUCUUCAACCUCGUCUAUGAGACCAAUGUUGCCUCGUGCAAGAUUUGGGACGCGCUGGGCUUCAAGCGCAUCGGCCGCGUCAAGGGCUGCGGCAACCUCAAGUCUCACCCGGACCAGCUCAUCGACGCCAUCAUCUACGGACGCGACCUCAUACCCGGCGAGUCCGAGGAACUCGUGAGUGAAGAGCGCUUCGACAAGAUCAAGUUCUACCUCAAGUACGGCAAGUAUCCGGCCGGGGCUGACCGCGCCGAGAAAAGCAGGCUCCGGAGCGCCGCCACCCACUACAAGCUGCUUGACGACGACCGCCUGAUGCUCAAGGACAAGGAGGUCGUUCCCGACCCACGCCGCCAGUACGAGAUCGCCCGCGAGGUCCACGUCGCCCAGCACGGCGGCAUCAACAAGACGACGGCCACCAUUGCCGAGAAAUACCACUGGAGCCGCAUAAAGGAGACGGUGAGCGACGUCAUCAGGAACUGUGUCGAGUGCAAGGAGCUCAGCAAGAUGCCCGCCUCUGGAGGGAACGGGGGCGCGAGGGGAAGGGCGGCCGCGGUGGCCGCUGCCGCCGCCUCCUCGCCGGCGAACAUUUCUACUUCCAUCUCAAAUACUACCCUUGCAAAUCCCUCGUUCACAAGCACCUCCGCAUCAAUGCCGCCGCCCUCGGCCGCAGACGUCAACACCGCAAACGGCGUCCUCGCCUUGCAGCAUCACCUGUCUCCCUUAUCCCCUCCACGAUCAUCACCGUACGCCGAAGUCGCAUCCAUACCGCCGUCGCACACCCUCCGCGACCCCUCCGCCUCCCCUCUGCCCCGUCACCCGCACCACAACCCUAUGCUCCAGGACGAGUCCUUCCAGCCCAUAGACCCGCAAAUCAUCGGCCCGCCGCCGACGUCGCACGAUGACCCCUACAACCACUACCACCCGCACCACACGGAUUUCCAGGCGCUGCUCAACGCGACGGAGGCGGAGGAGACGGCGGAGGAGGCGGCGGCUGUGGACCGGGACCUGGACAUGCUGAUUGAGCAGGACCACGACGAGGAUGAAAGGGACGGGGAUGUGCCGAUGGGGGAGAAGGAUGGCAGGGAUAAGGACGUAUACUCUAUCGGGUUCAUCAACGGAUGA